CAGCCGUGAGCUGAUGACAAAUUUAUAAAGUUAGGUUAAAGUUUUCGCGAUUUUAAUUAUGGAAAAAUUGUUUAAUUUAUAUAGUUGUUACUUAAAACUACCCAAUUUUUAAAACUCAAUUAAUUUUAUACUGUAAUCAUCAAUAAUUCAACUUUUAUAAGUUCUUCUGAAAUGUUUUGAAUGUUUUUGGUUUACGUGCCCAAAAAUUCUUAACAUACGUAAAAAACGAUGUCUGUGAUUUAUUUUCUAGUCAAAUAAUUGUUCUACAUGUUUAAACCCGCAGAGAUGAAUGAAAAAAAAAUUGACACUAGGAAAUCUACAUGUGGUGAUUAUUUAAAUUGGCGCGAAUUCGCCUGUGGUUGGGGGGCCGCAUUUAUAAACGUCACAAUUACAUACCCUGUAAAUAAAAUCAUAUUUCGUCAGAUGUUACAUGGUGUCAGAACAACGGACGCAUUUUUUCAGCUCAAAAAUGAGGGCAUCAGUUAUUUAUACAGGGGUAUGCUGCCCCCCUUAUGCCAAAAAACCUUGUCAUUGUCAUUGAUGUUUGGUGUGUACGAGGAGGUUCGAAAGCCUUUGUGUGAAAAUGGUGUGAAUCCUUACAUAGCUAAAGCUUUGGGGGCACUUCUCUCAGGCACAACCGAAGCCAUUUUAAUGCCAUUUGAGAGAAUACAAACUUUAAUGGCCGAUUCUACCUAUCAUAAAAAAUUUAGGAACACGUUUCACGCAUUUAGAUUUGUUAAAGGGUAUGGAGUUGGUGAAUACUAUCGGGGGUUAGUGCCUAUAUUGUUCAGAAACGGGCCUUCAAAUGUCGGGUUUUUUAUAAUACGAGAAGAAAUGCAGGAAAAGUUACCAAAAUACGAAACAGAGUUGCUAAGAACUACCACGGAAUUCUUGUGCGGGGCGUUAAUUGGUGUUUUCCUAUCUAGUUUAUUUUAUCCUCUAAACGUUCUAAAAGUACAAAUGCAGAGCAAAAUUGGGGGGCCCUAUGAAAAUCCUCUGCAAGUUUUAGGAAAUAUUUACAGGGAACGGGGCUGUAGAAUAUCCAAAAUGUAUUACGGCGUCGGCACAAAUUGCUUCAGGGCCAUGCUCAGCUGGGGCGUCAUGAAUACAGCCUACGAACACAUCAAGGAUCAUAUUUAUUAAGUUUACUUGCAGAGUUUUAUUUUUCUACUUUUUAUUAUUUAUUCCUAAGCCUAAUUGUUGUAACAAAGUCGAUGUCCU